AGCACGGUGGAAAAAAACCCAACCCUAUUUACUCAAUUAAAUGAUGCACCGUUCAGUCAUCAGAUUUUUCUAAGUCACUCUUUAUCCCCUUGGGAAUAAAGAGCUGAUUAUAAAGAGGCAGGAGGACAAACCUUUCAAAUUAAAAAAAAAAGCUUAAGGUAUUUGAAGGCAAAGCUUCCAAGGCCCUGCUUUAUAAAGAGGCUUUGCUUUUGGGGAGGGUGCCCUGCAUCCGCCAGAGCCAGGGUGAUGUCCUCCGCUAACAGCUCGCAGGAACUCCCCAACAACAGGACCCCGGGGCCUUUCGAUGGCGCCCAGUGGCCCCACCAGGCCCCCCGGGCCAUGUACCUGUCGGUGGCCGUGCUGAUGGGCACCGUGGUGGUCUCCGCCUCAGUGCUGAACGGUUUGGUCAUCAUGGUUUCCAUCAGGCACAAGAAGCUCCGGUCGCCCCUGAACUACAUCCUGGUGAACCUGGCCGUUGCCAACCUGCUGGUGACGCUCUGCGGCAGCUCCGUCAGCUUCUCCAACAACAUCAACGGCUUCUUCGUGUUCGGUAAACAGAUGUGCGAGCUGGAGGGCUUCAUGGUCUCCCUGACAGGCAUCGUGGGGCUGUGGUCACUGGCCAUCCUGGCCUUUGAGCGGUACGUUGUGGUCUGCAGACCCCUGGGAGGCUUUCGGUUCCAGCACCGACACGCCGUCAGCGGCUGCGCCUUCACCUGGGGCUGGUCGCUACUCUGGACCACCCCACCGCUCCUGGGCUGGAGCAGCUACGUGCCUGAAGGUCUGAGAACCUCCUGUGGGCCCAACUGGUACACUGGUGGCAGCAACAACAACAGCUACAUCCUGGCCUUGUUCACCACCUGCUUCCUGAUGCCCCUCAGCCUGAUCCUCUUCUCCUACACCAACCUGGUGAUGACCUUGCGAGCGGCUGCGAUGCAACAGCAGGAAUCGGACACGACGCAGCAGGCAGAGCGGGAGGUGACGCGCAUGGUGAUUGUGAUGGUGUUGGCCUUCCUCAUCUGCUGGCUGCCCUACACAACGUUUGCCCUCGUGGUGGCCACCAGCAAGGACAUCACCAUCCAACCGGCUCUUGCAUCCCUGCCCUCCUACUUCUCCAAAACUGCCACAGUUUACAAUCCAAUCAUCUAUGUCUUCAUGAACAAACAGUUUCAGAGCUGCUUGCUGAAAAUGCUGUGCUGUGGUUACCACCCACGGGGGACAGGAAAAACAGCUCCAGCUGCGCUCGGACCCCACGCAGGCGUCGCUGCGGAUGGGCUGUGGAAUAAGAUGACACCAUCUCACCCUGUCUAACCGGCCAGAUCCUGCCUGCACCAGCAUCAGGCUCAGCCUGUCCCGCUCAGCCUUACGGGCAUGGAGAAUGGCCUGGUGCCACAGCUCUUCCCCACAGCCAGGGUGGCUUUUGGAGGUCAGAGAGGUCCCCAGCAACCCCCUCACACUGCUCUCCAGAAAGACAUGACAUUGUCUUUUCAUGCCACCCAGUCACAGCAUAAAAUGCAAUCUUCUAUUUUGUUUGCCUAAGGGAAGACCCCCUUCCCCCCAGCUCCCUUCCAGCCUCUCACCUCGGGGAAUCAGGAGUCUUUUAAGAACAAAAAAAAAUAAGAGUAAUUGCUAUAGAAUCAAGGUUGGAAAAGAUCGCUAAGCUCAAGUCCAACCAAAGCCCCAAACCACCGUGCCUACUAAACCACAUCCCAAAGUGCCGCGUCUGCAUGCUUUGUGAACACCUCCAGGGAUAGGGGACUCCAGCACUUCCCUGGGCAGCCUCUUCCAAUGCUUCACCACUCUUCUAGUAAAGAAACUUCUCCUAAUAUCCAAUUUAUACCUCCCCUGAUGCAAUUUGAGGCCUUUUCCUCUCAUCCUAUCCCUUGUUCCUUGGUAGAAGACCUCGCUACAACCUCCUUUCUGCAGAGAGCAAUAAGGUCUCCCCUCAGCCUCCUCUUCUCCAGGCUAAACAAGCCCAGUUCUCUCAGCCGUUGCUCAAUGGAACAUCCCAAGUUGCUGUUCAGCCCGAGUCAGCCGAACACCACCCCCAAAGCCAUCCGUAGGUCAGAGCCACACGUUCACCAUCCCUAGAUAGACCCAGUCCUACCUGCAUCACACAAUCUUGCUGCUAAGUUCAAGAUCACACUGUGGAAAUGGCAAAAAUCCAGUAGGCGUGCUUAAG